AGGAGGAAACGCACCAUGUUCAACAAAACUCAACUGGGGAUUCUUGUUCAGUCAUUUAACCAGAAUCCUUACCCUGGCAUCGGGAUCCGAGAGCAUCUAGCUUCCCUCAUUAAGAUUCCCGAGUCUAGGAUUCAGGUGUGGUUUCAGAACCGAAGAGCCAGGCAACUGGGCCAAAAGAAAAAACUGGAAGCGUUAGCCGCCUCACAGCAAGUCCACAUCCAGAGGCAGCCUCAGUCGAUCGCGGACGGGCCAGGCCUGCAGGCUGCCGCUCCCGCCUUCUCCUCUGACGCGGGCAUCUUUCUGCAGCGCGCGGCUCGGCCCAUCUUGGGUGACAUGUUCCUCGGGCCCGGGCCGGGCAUCUCUCCAGCCGGCCUAGGUGGCUCGGGGACGGAGGGAACGGAAAUAGAAACUCCUGCCGAUUCAGGUUUCCUGACUCUGGAAGCUUUCCAGUUCUUCCUGGGUGACAGCAGGAGCCCAACGCCCGCCCAGCUUUCCCCGGCGGCCUCUCAACUGCAUCCCUGCUACCAGAGAGCACCGAACGGAAACCAGCCGGCCAUUCCCACUCUGUAUCCCAGCAGGGCGGAUCUGCAGGAGGAUGGGCAGCGGCGAUGGGAGCUCUCCCAACAGUACCAACAGCUGGAGGGAUUCCCGCCCCAGCCACCGCAGCCGGAUCAGUAUCGGCCCCAGUCUCAUCAAGCCCACCCCUCUCAGCAGCCACAGUGGCCGCAACCCCCGCGCCUGCAGACCCAACCCUUGCAUUCGCUCUUUUCCCAAGACCGGGCCGUUUCCCCGGCCUGCCAGAAUGCUGAGUCUCCAGAUACGAAAAACCCGCAGCUUCAUUUUCUGGACAAUCUGUUAGAUGAUGAAGACCUUCCUUUUUCAGAAAUAAACCAUGAGAUCCUGACUCUAGGCUUUGCGGUUGGAAAUCACAAUGAAGCUAAUUCAGAGGUCAAUCUAUCCUUUUAGAGUUUUAAGUCUUUUGCGUGGUUGUUUUUUGGUGAGGUGGUGGGGACUCUAAGCUGUGAAGAAGCCCAUUGCAAGGGGCCGAAAGCCCCCGAAGCCAUUUGGGCCGGACUUCUUGUCUCAGUCAUCCCGUGACUCUGAGUGGA